GCUUGGAAUGUUGUAGCACCUAGAGCAGAGUCAUGGGAUGUGUUAAUAGUACUAGUAAAUCCAAAGGGGACAAUUACCGGCCGGGCCAGGGGCAGACCACUUCCCCCUCUCACAAUCAGCAAUCGUUCCCAGAUCACAACACAUCUCGCACUUCACAGUUUGAUCGAGCCCCACCGGGUAUGAUCAUACCACCGGCAAACAAACCAAAAGCAGUUGCUCAUCCGUACACAGCCUUAUAUGAUUAUGAUGCCAGAUCAGAAGACGAUCUUGAUUUCAAGAAAGGAGAUAUCUUGGAUGUCACCAAGACUGAGGGCGAUUGGUGGUUGGCUCGAUCACAAAAGACUGGAAAGGAAGGCUACAUUCCUAGUAACUAUGUAGCACCGGUGGACAGUAUGAAAAGAGAAGAUUGGUAUUUUGGAAAGUGUGCCCGUAAGGAUGCCGAGAAGAAGUUGAUAGCCAUUGGUAUAAAUAAAGGACAAUUCAUUGUGAGGGAUGGAGAAGCUAACCCUGGAACCUUCUCGCUGUCUGUGAGAGAUAACGACCCUCAGAAGGGAGAUCAUGUCAAACAUUACAGGAUACGGAAGAUGGACGGAGGCAACGGCUUCUUCAUCACUCAACGAAGUGUCUUUCCGACGCUCUCAGAGCUUGUUCGUCACUACCAGAGUAACAUCGAUGGCCUAUGCUGCAUCUUGAGCAGAGCUUGCCCUAAGGAGAACCCUAACACCAUCGGUCUCGGUAAAGACCGGUGGGAGAUCCCUCGGGAGUCCCUCAGGAUGACCAGACGACUCGGACAUGGACAGUUUGGUGAGGUCUGGCAAGGAGUAUGGAAUGGUAACACACCUGUCGCUGUCAAGACUCUGAAGGAAGGGACCAUGUCACCUGCAGCCUUCCUGGCUGAGGCCAACGUCAUGAAGAAAGUCAGACAUGAACGCCUUGUACAGCUCUAUGCAGUGUGCUCAGACAGAGAGCCAAUCUACAUUGUGACAGAGUUGAUGUCAAAUGGAAGCUUACUGGACUAUCUCAAGGAUGGCACGGGCAAAGACACCAAGCUGACGACACACGUUGAUAUGGGUGCACAGAUUGCAAGUGGUAUGGCCUAUCUAGAAUCCAUGAACUUUGUUCAUCGUGACCUUGCUGCCAGGAAUGUUUUGGUUGGUGAGGGUAAUGUUGUCAAGGUCGCUGACUUUGGUCUGGCUCGUCUCAUCGAAGAAGACGAAUACAUGGCGAGAGUAGGUGCCAAGUUCCCAAUCAAGUGGACUGCUCCUGAGGCUGCCCUUCACGGAAGGUUCACCAUCAAAUCAGACGUCUGGUCAUUUGGAAUCCUGAUGACAGAGAUAGUUACCUUCGGUCGUAUCCCAUAUCCCGGUAUGACGAAUCGGGAGGUGCUAGAUCAGGUGGACCUUGGGUAUCGUAUGCCUAAGAUGCAUCACUGUCCGGACUCUCUCUACGAGAUCAUGUUGAAAUGCUGGCACAAAGAUCCCCAGCAGAGGCCCACGUUCGAGUUCCUUCACUUCUGCCUGGAUGACUACUUCGUCUCGACCGAACCCAACUACAAGGAGGCCGAUUAGCUGGCAAAGAUUGUCUCUUGAAUGAAUGGACAGUGUCUUGAAAGAUUGUCUCUUGAAUGGACAGUGUCUUGAAAGAUUGUCUCUUGAAUGGACAGUGUCGUGAAAGAUUUCUAUUACAGCUCCAUCGUUUAAUACAGAGAAAUUGUUCUGUUGAGUUGUGUAAUUGCUCCAAAAGAUUGUCUUUUAAAAGGACAUUGUCUCCUAAGAGUCAGGACCUCAUUCUCGACAUGAUCCUAUCGUCUCUCACCACAUCCAUUCUAAAAGAUAAACUGGUUUGGAGAGAAAGACGUCUUAACUGCUAAUAGUUGGUAUAAGAUGGGUCGCUUUAUAAUGCUAAAGUAAAAUGGUUGUAGUCUCUCUCUGACAAGACUGAGAUUGAUAUGCUACAAAUAGAUCAAUAUGCCAAGAGACUAAAAAAAAAUGAAGUUCAUCUCACUUAUAUCUUUGUAAAUGAUAAUGAAAAAUCGAUAUGUCUAUAGCAAAAAUAAUGUAAAAAAAGCAAGAAUAUAUUAGGCUUAACCACAAAAUUAAAUGAUUUUAUGAAACAUCUUUCUGCACCUUGCCAAAUUGAGUCAGCCCCGAGAUAUAACACUGUGUUUUGCUCUUUGAACAGUUUUUCUUGUCAUUUAGGGCCCUGUCUUAAUAUCAAAAGCUGCAACUACUCUGCAUCGAUUGCAAGUUCUCCAAUCAAUCGAAAAUUACAAACUCAUAUCUCUGUAGUGUAGAUUGUGAUUGGUAUCAAGUUACGAUCAAUUUGAAUCAAUCACAACGAUUUAAAACAAAGAACCAGUUGUGCCAUACAGCUAUAGAAAAGUCUAAGCAAUCUAUGUUUGGCAAUAGAUCAAGGGUGCUAGUAUAAGGUAGGAGUUGUGUUUAAGGUUAUUGAUGUAUUCCAUCUAUAAAUUAUGCAAGCAUUGAGAUCUUUAACUUGCUUCCCUGUGUUAGUGUUUCCAAUCAUCGCUAAUUUAAUGUUCAAUGAUUGAAUUCAAUUCAUAUGUAUAAGGAUGGAUUUAUGUGUAAAUCUUUGUGUUUUUCUGAAUAAUAACAUUUUGAGUAUAAGGCUUUACAGUAACCCAUCCUUCUUAUCAUGUAUGUAGUAACAUUGAAAACUUGUCAUCAGCAGCUCACCUGUAUGUGUGGGCCAUUAGAGUUUUAACCGUCUGUUUGGAACCAAAAGGGCAUUAACUGUUUUUAAAAUCAAAUGAGUUAGCGUCCUUCUUGCUCCUAAUAGACAACAUGUAAUCAACGGUACUCCUUUUAUACUUCGUUUGAUGGAAGAAAGUUAUUUUUAUACUCGUCUGAUCUGAAUAAUUUCAUAACCGAUGAUUUAUAUACAUUCCCUCUCUUUGUUUCCUCAUCUUUUCAGAUAGUACUAUAGUCUAAAGACGAUAAACAGUCACUGUAUUAUGGUACUUUUUAAACACAAUCAUGUGAGUAAUUUUUUAGGACUUUGUAAUGAACAUUUUAAGGGCUCUGUACAUGUAGCUACAUGCUUUUUAAGUGUAGCUUAUUUUGAAUAUCAGGCAUAUUGGUAGUUGAUGAAGAGUAAAAACGUAUAUGUUUGCGAUGAAAUGUUCAUGUUGAAAAUAUCUACAGCUCUUUCAUGUCUUUUGGAUGAGAGAAAACGAAUCACAGAAUUUACCUCGAUUUUCAAUGACUUUUGGUACAUUUGCAUUUACUCGUUUGGAUGUUAUAGAGUAAUAUGCCUGUAAUAUGUAUUGCUAGGUUGGGCAGAUCUCUGACAAGAUUAUUAGGAUGUGGAGGUUGUUCUGUAAAAACAAAAAAAGAGAUUGGGUGUACUUGCUCCUCCUGUGCACUUUGAGUUUGAGUUGUCACUUGUUUUAUAAAGCCUCGUUCAUACAUGAUAUUUUAAACCGUUUAAAAAAAGGGCUGCAGCGACAUAGAAUGACAUGAGAACAGUGCCUUUUAUAUUUCUGUAUUUUAUACCGCACAGAUAUAUAACUUUGCUUAGGGAUCUGUUGCCUGCAGGUGAUUUUUCAGCAUCACUUUCCCUCUCAUUUUCAUGUCAAAUGUUU